GGCGUGGUCUGAGGGGCAGUGGUCCUGGGAGAAAGUUCGCAGCCGGAGUCCCCGCGCGGCGCCCUCCGGCAGCUCCGCGGUGCAGCCCGCGCACCAGCCACUCGGUCCGGAUCUGGGGGAGACCAUCCAUGCCGCGGCCCCUCCCGUCACUUCCCGAGUCCAGAGGAUUUGCAGCCUUUGGAGAGGGCGUGGUUUUUGCCAUCUCUGCCCUCCGACUCCACCGUUGAUCUUCCCUGGCCCUCUUGGGAGAACGUUCCUCGCCCCCCCCCCCCAGUCUCAGCCAGGGACGGGCUUUGGGGUUUCCUGGAGAGGAGGCGGGAGGCCCAGGGGGCCCGGCGCCAUGUCCACCAAGGUGCCCAUCUACCUGAAGCGUGGCAGCCGCAAAGGUAAGAAGGAGAAGCUGAGGGACCUGCUGUCCUCGGACAUGAUCAGCCCGCCGCUGGGAGACUUCCGCCACACCAUCCACAUUGGCAGCCAGGGCGGCAGCGACAGCUUCGGGGACAUCUCCUUCCUGCAGGACAAGCUGCACCUCCUGCCGGGGCUGCCGGCCGCCCAGGGCCCUGAGGAGGACGCCCCCCUGGACCUCCCCUUCCAGUUCACCCGCAUGGCCUCACUGUGCGGCCGGGAGCUGCCCCCAGACGGGCUGUCCCCACUGCUCAAGAAUGCCAUCUCCCUGCCGGCCAUCGGAGGCCCGCAGGCCCUCACCCUGCCAUCCACACAGGCGCCCCCCAAGCCCCCUCGGCUCCACCUGGAGAACCCGCAGCCGCCCCCCCAGGAGGCUGGGAGUGUGGACGACUGGGUGGUACCCGAGGCGGGUUCUGCCCCCAACGGGCUCAGCCCUGAGUCGACGGGGUCCGAGGAGGCCUUUCUGUCCCACGCCAACUCCCUGCUCUCACUGCAGGUGGACCUGGGGCCUUCCAUCCUAGACGAAGUCCUCCAGAUCAUGGACCAGGACCUGGGCCACGUGGGGACCCCCACCUAGGAGCCGGACGCAAUUGGGAAGUGGGGCCUCCCCAGGUCCCACCAGUGUGUGGUCACCGAUUCUGAGCCUCCGUCCUCCCAUCCCCUCCCCACAGCAGAGUGCACCCCACUGCUCCCCCCCUAAGCCCCCCGGCUCUGAGGACAUGUGCUGAAGGAAGCCCAAAGUGCCCAAGCAUCUUGGGGGUCCCCUGGAUCCCCCAUUGCGAGCUGCCCCUUCUUCCCUCAGAACCUUGGGGGAAGGCUGAAAUGGACCCCCCCCAAAUACCCCGCCAGUCGGGUGUCCUGAUGGGUUGGCAGCGAGGGUAGAGAGGGCACAGCCUGCCGGGGCUUGUCCUGCUACCCUGUCCCUUCCCGCCACCACCAGGGGACUCUGCUCACAAUAAAAGCCGCUGCUGGUGGCAGCUGUCCUCUCGGGGCUGUGCGCCAGGCCCCCUGCUGCCACGCCAGGCUCUGCCACCCACCCGGCUGGAGCCCCGGGAAGUCCCUGGAGAGCCAGAAGCAGGGCUGAACCAGUGGGGGUGGCCAGGCACUGGGGGGCUUCUUGGGGAGACCCAGGUGUGGAGGAAUAACCAUCAGGCCUAGAGCCAGGGACUCACAGCUUCAGGGGACUGAAGUGUGAGGUGGGGCGGCAGACACCUCGGGGCUGUUUGUGCAGCUGCAGAGCGCCAGGCAGACAGUGCUGAGGUGGCAGACGGGCCUCCACCAGGAGAACAGCACCAAGCCCGUGUAAGACUCAGUUUCCCCAUCUCUGUGAUGCCCACCUGUGGGGAUGCUGAGAAAAUUAGGGAUGGUGUUGACGCCUCGUCAUCUGGAGGGGAGUCAGCAGCGGUGCUGGGGGCCCAGGAGACAGCACAGAAGACUUGCGGGCAAAAGGUCCCAGGUUUGAUCCCCGGCACUGCCAAUAGCCACAGUUGAGCAGUGCUCCGCUUAGAGACCCAAAUGAGAGGGAGAGAAAGGAGAAGAGAGAUGCUUUGACGUGAGAGACAUCGUGAGGCACACACAGUGCCUGGGAUCCAAUGAGGGACCGCGGGCAGAUGAGUCCGACGCUCGACGACGCUCUACUAAUCAAGCGAGAUCCCAGCUGCUCCAGUUUGCCUUUUGUUUUUGUUCUGGUCUCUCCCCCCACACACACACACAUACACGCACGCAUGCGCGCACACACGCACACACACGCACACACACGCACCAGAGCCCUGCUCAGCUGUGGCUAAUGGUGGUGUUGGGGACUGAACCUGGGGGUUCAGAGCCACAGGCAGGAUAGUCUUGCAGAACCACUGUGCUGUCUCCCCAGCCACGUUCUGCCUCUCUGCCCACCCACAGCUGGAUGCCUGGCUUGCUCCUGCCUUCUGGCGGUCAUGACUGGUGCUGCUCUGAAUGUGGGGUGCGAACAGCUCUCUGAGGCCCUAGUCGCUGUCCUGCAUGCACACAUAUAAACAAGUGGGGUGGUUGCGUCACACGGUUGCCUUUUUUGGUUUUUAUUACUUUUUAAAGAUUUAUUGUGGGACCGGGUGGUGACGCGCCUGGUUGAGCGCACAUGUUAUAAUGCACAAGGAGCCAGGUUCGAGACCCCGGUUCCCACCUGCAGGGGGGAAGUUUCACGUGUGGUGAAGCAGGGUUGCAGGUGUCUCUCUGACCCUUUCCUCUCGAUUUCUGGCUGUCUCUAUCAAAUAAAUAAAUAAAUAAAUAAAUAAAAAUUUUAAAAAGAUUAAUUGUAUUUAUGUCAUGAGACACAAAGAGAAUUUCCUUGGAGAUAGAGAGAGACAGAAGCCGGACUUCUGCCCAUCACAUGCAAGGACACUGAAUUGGGAGUUGCCAGCACGCAGAGUUCUGCCCUCGACCAACGGAGCUGCUUACCUGGUUGAUACAUGUAAAUCUCUGUGUAAUAGUUUUUUUUUUUUAAUUUAUUUUUUCCCUUUUGUUGCCCUUGUUAUUUAUCGUCAUCGUUGUUAUUAUUGGUGUUGUUAUUGCUGUCGUUGUUGGAUAGGACAGAGAGAAAUGGAGAGAGGAGGGGAAGACAGAGAGGGGGAGAGAAAGACAGACACCUGCAGACCUGCUUCACCGCCUGGGAAGCGACUCCCCUGCAGGUGGGGAGCCCGGGGCUUGAACCAGAAUAUUGAUGCCGGUCCGUACGCUUUCUUUCGGUCAUGUGCACCUAACCCGCUGUGCCCCUGCCCGGCUCCCUGUGUAGUAAUUUUAAAGAUGUAUUUAGUUGAUGAGAGAAAGAGAGAGCCAGAGCAUUGCUCUGGCACCUGUGAUGCCAGGCCGGGGACUCUAGACAUCGUGCUUGAGAGGUCAGUGCUUUAUUCACAGAACCACCUCCCCCUGCCACAAAUCUGUGUGCCAUCUUGAUUUUUACAAACUGCAGUCCUAUUUCCUUCAGCAACUCCACCAUUUUUUUCCCCUUUUUUGUUUCAUUCUGUUAAAAAAAAAAAAAGUGUCAGAGAGUGACCCCAGGGUCCCACGUAUGUAUGGUAGCGCCACUGAGGUCAGAUCCCUGGGACAGUUAUUCAGUGUGUGUGAGAGAGAGAGAGAGAGAGAGGAGGAACUCUAAAACACUUCUGCCUUUUAUGGUGUUCCAUGUGGUGCUGGGACUUGAAUUAAGCGCUAAAUCUGGGGCCAGGUGGUGGCGCACCUGGUUAAGUGCUCACAUUGCAGUGAGCAAGGAACCGGGUUCAAGUCCCUGGCCCCUACCUGCAGGGUGAAAGCUUCACGAGUGGUGAAGCAGGGAUACAGGUGUUUCUCUGUCUCUCUCCCUCUCUAUCUCCCCCUUCCCCUCUCAAUUUCUCUCUAUCCAAUAAUAAAUAAAAAUAUGUUUUAAAAAAGCUCUCAAUCUGAAAAUGUAGAGACACCUCAUAAUUUUUAAUGCAGUGUCAGGCAUUGGACCCAAGGUCUUAUACCUGGCCUUCACCACUGGACCACUCCCACCCUCCUAAAGGAGUGCGAGAUGUGAGGUGAUGAAGAGAGGCACCCCUCACCAUCCGUGGGGCUGGCUGUCUCUGUCUGUGGUGCUGCCCGUGAAGCGCUCUAUGGCUGAGCCUGCUUCCUGGCCCAUCUGCCGCAAUUAUCCAGAAGGAUGUGAGACCAUAAAGCCUGCCCUUGACUGCAGACCUCCCCCCGCCCGCCCGCCACAGGGACUCAGCUACAGACCCUGGAGAGAGCAUGGAAAGGGGGAGUUCUGGAGGGCCAGUCCUGGCAGGCUCCCCCUCAGCGUGUGGGGGGCCUGUCCCCUCCCAUCACCUAGGGAGGGAAAACCAGAAGACAUCUCAGAGCUGGAAAGCAGAAUAUGCCACCCAGCCCCCGCCCAGCUAGAGGCCGGAGCAGCUGUGGGAGGGGAGCACGUGUGGCCUGGUUCCCGGCGACUGUAAGCCACCUACCCUGCACCCCUCACAGACAAAGCAGUGGGUGCUUUGAACACCCAGUGACUAGAACAAUGGACUUGCAAGCACGAAGUCCCGAGUUCAAUCCCGUGUUAUAUGUGCCAGAGUGAUUCUCUGGUUCUCUCUGUAUGUCUGUCUCCCUCUUUUUCUCUCAUCAGUCAAUAAAAUCUUUUUUUAAAAAAAA